ACAUCUCAGGGGGUGCAGCCUAAGCGGUUUAAGACCCUCCAAGAGCUGGUCCUGUUGUACCUCCAGCCCAGCCAGGGACUGGUCAGCACUCUACUGUACCCUGUAGACAGAGAGGAGAGCAUCCCAGAGGACAGGGACUACUCAGGUAUCCAUCUCUCUGUCUGUCUCUCUCUCUGUCUCUCUCGCUCCAUCUCUCUCUUUAUUUGUCUUUCUGUCUCUAAUUGGUCAGAUGGGGAAGAUGAGAAGCCGCCCCUUCCUCCUCGUUCCGCCUCCACCUCCACACCACCUACAGGCUCCUCCCCAGAGACACCCACUGACAGGUACAGCACACACACACACGCACAUACACACAAACACAAUUUUGCGUGACCUGGUUAAAAAUCCUGGCCCUGGCGCUAGUAAAGGGUGGGUCUGAUCUACCUGUUUAAUUAGAUCAACUGAUCCUGGUUGUAGAGAUUCAGUGAAUCUGUACAGGGCCUAGCUUAGAACAACCCUCAAGAAGCCUCCCCCUCCCCCCUCCCCCCUCCCCCUCUCUUCUCUCUUUUUCCUCCUCUCUUGAAAUCCUGAGAUAUGAUGUGGGGGGGGGGGGACUAGUCCAUUGCAAAAUCAUGAUCUAGUGGACCGUGACUCAUACCCAAACUCCACAGGAACAGUGCGUGUAGUUUGUCUUGCUUAGACAGUGAGUCAGCAGCAGUCUGAUCCCGAGGAAGUCUGCGACUUUGGAAAGUUGUUGUUGUCAUGUCUUCUUCAGUGUUCUAUACUCACAACAAAGGCCAAUCCCCCUCUGCCCCCCAGGGUCUCUGUGGCAUAUCCAGAGGGUUUAAGACCCAUGUCUGUUCUAUUGACACGGAUUGUGAUGUUGUUCCGUCCUAACUUAGCGCCCCUGCUGCUAACGGCCUGAGCACCAUUUCCCAUGAGUACCUGAAGGGAAGCUACGCUCUGGACCUGGAAGCUGUCAAACAGGGAGCCAGCUCUCUUCCCCACCUCAACAAGACACUGGUGUCCUCCUGCAAACGCCUCAACGGGUGAGACACACACACACACACACAACUCUCUCACUUUCUCUCGGUGACACAUGUACACACACUCAAAAUCCUCUAUGUGUGUGUGUGUGUGUGUGUGUGUGUGUGUAGGGAGGUGGAUAAGGUUCUGUCUGGGCUGGAGAUCCUGUCCAAGGUGUUUGACCAACAGAGUUCCUUCAUGGUGUCCAGGAUGAUACAGCAG